GUCUGACAUUCACUUCGUUUCUUUUUGACUGCUCUGGAGCCGUCGUCCAUUCUUUCCUCCAAACAUCAUGAAGCUUUUCGGCGCAGACGUUCUUUGUGCGGCAUUGCUGUUCGUCAAUGCUAAUGCAUUCUCGUUUGACCUUUCAAAGCGGGCUUUGAAAUUCGACGCUUCUUGUAACACCAAGUAUGGCUCGCUCACUGCAAAGCAGCUGAUAGACAAGAGUAUGGACUUGCAGCCAAAACUCGCAGCGGCUGGAAAAGACAGUCUGGACAUCCUCAUUACAGCACUCGAAUAUCAGAGCAAACCCGCUGGCGCCAACCUCAAAAAGCCUUCAGUCAGCAAAGACAAACUCGACAAGAUCAUCGCGACUUACCGUGUUCUAUUCGGUGAAAUCCAGGCAAAGAAAGCCGAUGGCACACCAAACCCGAAUUUCGAGACAGAGGCGAAGAAACACAUCGCCGCCAUCAAGGUCACGAGGGAAUCACUCGACCGUAUGACCAAGUCUGGAAAGCCAAAUCUGAUCAUCCAUUGUAAUGAUGACUGGCUUACUGAGAAAGCUCCAAAGACUGCAAAGGCUAAGCCGACUGAGAAACUGGAAACGGGCUUCCAGUAUCUUUACGACAUGGAUCGUGCUGAAUGGACGAAGGUUAAAGGAGGCAAGCCAUGCCAGGGCAAUAAGGCUGCAGUCACCUCAAUUAACAAGAACCUGCCAACGGGAGGACGAGAGAAGGGCCCGGAAAGGAUAACCUUUUGUAAAGAAUACUUGAAGCGUCAGCACCAGCUUGAGAAAGACAAGCAACCUCAUCUCUGGGACAUUUCCAAGACCAAGUUACCCGAUACCUUCACAACCUACACACAGGCUGGCAAGAAAGAUAAGACGUUGCCUUUCCAUAUCUCUGCUUUCGGUAAAAAGAUGGGCGCGAAGUGGUUCCACGAGUUCAUGCAUACGCAACUCUUUCAUCCAGUCAGGAACGAGUUUUCAGACAAGAAGAUCCCGGAUACUCAAGGAGGCACCGGGGGGUCGGCUUACGGUUUUGCUGGCGCUGUCGGACUCGCAAAACACAAGGGAAUUGCCGAAUCAUCUCGUAAUAUCGAAAAUAUCCUGUACUGGUCUUUGGCCAUGUACUACGAUCAGUGGUUGUGGAGCACUGGUAACCCUGAGGAUCCGGAGACAUUGACGGCUCCUCCGGUCAAGGCUGCUAGCAUUGAAGAAGAAGAAGGAGACUUCCAGGUGGAUGCGGCAGCGAAGAAACCACCAAAGAAGCCUACUAAGCCUGCUGAUCCGCCUAAGACAACUGCUGCACCACCACCUGCCAGCUCAAAAGCUGAUCAGCCUAUCACUUCACAGCCGCAGCUACCAGCAAAUAGCGCAGCCCCUCCAGCAUCUGUGCCACAAACCAGUCCACCCGCCAGUAACCAAGUGAGCGUUUCCAAGCCCACAUCUGCACCUUCGGUCAGCAACCCUGUGUCUGGAUCAUCCAACUCUGUCUCCGGCUCCAUGACCGGCUCGAAGACUAGCCUCGCUCGUUCAUCUUGCUCAAACACACUCUGCACACUUACCUCCUCAUCCGGCUCUGCGACGUCUUCCGAGGCCAUUCCGCAAGAAACCUUCGAGUCGGAGCCCAUGAACGCCGGCUCCAUGACUGCGGACGAGAUCAUCGCUAUCGCAGGAACCAUUGCUUCCGAGCAAGUUGCUGCGAUGGCCUUGUGGGAUCAGGCAAUUGUCGAGAUGGAUCUGCCGAGUGAAACGAUCGGGGGAGAUCCGACGGCAAGUUUAGGAACAGGGCUACCGAUGGCAACUGGUGGAGCGGGGGGCGCUAUGAAUGGAACAUGGUCUAUGCCAGCGUUGAAAGCGAGGGAGAGUAAGGAUACGAACGGAGCGAGGCAGAGAAGGAUGUAUGAUUAUGCCAGUUGAAGCAAUUGCCUAGAAGAUUGUAGAGAUGUGGAUGGCGAGAAGUGGUUUAUUGAGUAGGUCACGAAUGCAGAAGUCA